AGUUUGGCUCGUUUGCUCAUUGGUUUGUCGUCAUGCCAAUCAAAAACAUUCUGAGUAUUCGCUUCUUUGCUUGCAAAGAUCUGGGGCAGACCCAGCCGACAGGGACGGAAAGGUUGGGCUGUUGUCUUUGGUUUUCACGUAUUCGCGUUUAAACUGUCUGGCCUAACCGUGUGGGAAUUAACUUGACUGCGAAUUUAUGACGUUCGUAACGCGGCGGUGGUGGGAUCCCAAAGUGGAUAGAACGGCACGUUUCUUCCAAACGAAGGGACUGCAGGGGGUGGUCACAUGAGGAGCAAGGAGAGGAACAGCGAGUCCCAAGACCAGAUGUCUUGCGCACCACAGGACAUCAUGAGGACACCCAAAAUGGUCUUCCGCUGGUCAUUCAGGCAGUUCCUGGUACUGUUGAUUUUCCUGGGGCUAGUUUCACUUGGAGUCUUACGUCUUCCGCAGUUCAAGUCUGGACCUAAGCCCUACUCAUGGAGAGUUGAUCACAGUCACCGAAAGCUGCUUCAAUCCUUUGUCAGAAGUGUGCUGACAAAGGAAUGCAGGCCAGCUUUUGUCAGGAGGGAAAUGCAAACCAGGUUCAACCACUCAAAUCACGUGGCCGAGCACUUCUUGUGGGAGGACACGCCCCUUGCUGAGAGCAUGUUCCAGUAUCCACCUCCCUUCGGCUUCCGGGACCUACGAAGCAAACUGACCGACGUCCUUGGCUUGCUGCCUGGCCCCGCUCCGCAGUGGCAUGGCAGAAAGGCAUGCCAGAAGUGUGUGGUCGUGGGCAACGGGGGAGUACUGCGCGGCCUGGCCCUGGGGCCCCUCAUCGACCAGUUUGACAUUGUCAUCAGGUUGAACAGUGGCCCCGUGCGGAAUUUCAGUAAGGAUGUGGGAAGCCACACCACCAUCAGAAUGAGCUACCCUGAGGGCAGCCCCCAGACAUGGGACGAUGUGGGCUCCAGCCUGCAGUUCAUCGCUGUGGUCUACAAAUCAGUGGAUUUCAAUUGGCUGAAAGCCAUGAUCACCCGCAAACAAGUGUCUCUAUGGGAUUGGCUGUUCUUCUGGCAGAAGGUGCCGGAUAAAAUUCCUAUUGAGCCAUCCCAGUUCCGCAUCCUGAACCCUGAGAUCAUCAGAGAGACCGCACUGGACCUCCUGCAUCUGCCAGAGCCGCAGCCCCGCCUCUGGGGUUGGGAUCAGAAUGUCCCCACCAUCGGCAUUUCUGCCCUCAACCUCGCCACAUACCUCUGUGAUGAAGUGAGCCUGGCAGGAUUUGGGUACAAUCUGAGCCAAGAGGGGGCUCCACUCCAUUACUACGACAGUCUGCCCAUGACCAGCAUGCUGCAUCAGCCCAUGCACAACGUGGACCGUGAGGGGGCCCUCUUGAGGGCACUAGCCAAGGCUGGAGUCAUCUCCGACCUCACAGGCGCAAUCCACUGCAGCUUUUGCCCCAACAGAGAGAGCAAGAGAAUCAGAUGAGCUGCUCACAAGAGACUCCAGGCCUGCGCUUGGCAACAUCUUCUUAGAACUUUAUGGAAAAGUCUUGUUAACAAAGUAUUCCUGCUCCUGUCAUUGUUUGCUGUGAUCGGACUUGGUGUUGUUCAGAACUGGCAGUCUGAAUCUAUUAUACAAUUCACAAUAUUUAUACUAUCAGUUUGGAGUGUACUAUACUGAUUGCUACUUCAGUCAUUUUAAAUUUUAAGCAUAAAGCCAUAAACUACUGUACUGAGUACAGUAUUGGCUCCACAAGUUUCUCGCUGCCCUGAAAGGGCAGUUACAGAUUCAUUGAUGCUGUCCUGGAACUUCACUGAACAAAAACACCACUUCUUCAGACAAAUUGAGCAUUUAAUAUUCUGUUUGUUUUAAACUUGUUGUUUUGCAUUGAGAAUGUCUUAAAAAUGAAUUCAUUUGCACUUAAAAACUUAUUUGUCUCUGCUCAGCGGCUGCCUAGAAAUAUAAAUUGGGAUGGCAGGUAUGUCAUCCCGCCAAGUUACGCUUUGGCGGGGGCAUGCCCCAUACCUAUACAGCACCGAGAGUUUGGCACUUUUCAGGGUUCCCCACAGAAAUAACCACAACAGCCACAGACACUCAGCCCUUCAAAACAUUAAAUUCUGUACAUUCUGACCCCAUUUCAACAGACAGAUUUCAUAAACAACUUCACAUGUCCACACAAUAAAGCCCCAAACUAAGGGGA